CUUCGUGUUUCGGAAGGGAGUACAAGGGAACCUUGGACUGUUGAAAUGAAAUAUGAUACUGAAAGAACCACAUUCAAAUUCCAGAGUGGUUGGAAUAAAUUUGUUCAAGACAAUAAGUUGAAUGCUGGUGAUGUUUGUGGUUUUAUGUUAAUUGACGAAAUUGGACUUUUAUUUGAAGUUAAUAUUUUCCGCAGAACAGAAGUUGCAACCUCAUCACCAGGCAUUGAUGAAGAUGAUGUGGAUGAUAAAGAUGACCAUGAUGCCAAUGAUGACUAUGCAGCUGAUGAAAACGGGCACCGUUCUUUCAGAAAUGUCCUACAGAAGACUGCUAUCAGUCAUUAUUUGUGGUUGUGUUCAAGAUUUUCUGAGAAACAUCUCAGUAAGAAGCCUAGUAAUGCUGAGCUGCAUGUUCCCGGUGGGAGGACAACGUGGCAUGUUGGAUUGAAAUAUGAUGUUGGACGUAAAGGAGCCAAAUUCCAGUCCGGUUGGACCAAGUUUGUGAGAGACAAUAAUUUGAAAAAGGGAGAUGAGUGUGUGUUUGUGUUGACUGAUGAAAAUAAAUUUUCAUUUGAAGUUGUCAUAAUAGCUGCAAAAUCCACCUUGCCACCAGGUGAGGGGCAUGUAGACAUUGAUGAUGCUAAUGACAACAUCAAAGAUGAUGAGGAUGGUAAGAAUGAGGAUGAUACUAGUGAUGAUGAAGGUGAUGAUUAUGAUGAUGACAGCGACCACAGAGAUGAAGAUGAAGAUGAAGAUAAUGAGUAUUCAUCAGCACAACAGCUUCACAAGAGAAAGAGAUCAAGUUCAAGUACCAAAAGUAGCAUCAGAGAUGUUGGUGCUUCGACUAGUACUGGACAAUUUUUAAAACGACGACCUGGUGUUCCAAGGAGUACGCAUCCAAUAAGGACCACGAAAAAUGAUAUAGCUCUUCAGAGAGCUAAAGUCUUCAAGUAUGUAGAACCUCAUUUUGUGGUUCCAAUGACUGCCAGAAAUGUCCACGAAUCUUUUCUUAAGUUGCCAUCUGUUUUUGUCGAGAAAAAUCUUCAUAAGAGGCCUAGUCAUGUCAGCCUGUGGGGUUCAAAUGACAUAUAUUGGCCUGUCGAGUUACAUUUCAGCAAAGGAGCUAGCUUCCAGGGCGGUUGGAUUGAAUUUGUGCGACACCAUAGUUUGAAAGAGGGUGAUGCUUGUGGCUUUGAGUUGACUGAGAAGAGAAAGUUUCUGUUUGAUGUUCACAUUUUCCGCACCACAUAGAAGCUUGCAGGUAACUGACUGCCUAGGCUAAUCAAGCUGAUGAAAGUUUUAAAGACCCUGCAAUGAAUCGGUGUACGAGAUUUGUAAUAUUGUUUU